AAUUCAAAAAUAAAUAUAGAUUACAGUUGGGAUUUUGGGGGGCUAGUCAAAAGUUUCUCCUAAAUAUUUAAGGGACUCAAGGAUAUAUAUUUACAAAAUGUUCUGAUACGUUUGAACCUUUUGUUUAAUUUUGUAUAAAAUACAAUAGGUAGACGAAUGUUAUCUGUAACGGUUGUGAAUAUUUACACAAAACACAUGUCAUUACUGUAAGGUUACACCAAUGCUACAUUUGAGUUGAUAAUGGGAUUGUAGUGUAAUACCCACGACAAAGUAAAUAGUUGUAAUGUAAACAAUGUAAACAAAUGAAUCCUGCAACGUGCGAAAACCAACUUCACUGGAACCACGAAGAAGGAUUGGCCCUCUAGAGCCGCCGUAGCCGAGUCUGACGACAGAGUCGACUAGCACUGGCACCUGGGAGUCAAACAUGGCCGGUCGAGGAGGAAAACAGAGUCGUUCGGGCGCUGGCCUUUCAGGCAGAAAGGGUGCCGACGAGCAGGAGGAAGAGGAGCAGCCGCUGCAGGCUGUCUUAGUCGCCGACAGCUUCAACCGGAGGUUUUUCCCGGUGACCAAAGAUCAGCCAAGGGCUCUGCUGCCGCUGGGCAACGUCGCGAUGAUCGACUACACCUUGGAGUUCCUCACGUCCACCGGGGUGCAGGAGACGUUCGUCUUCUGCUGCUGGAUGGCCAGUCAAAUCAAGGAGCACCUGCUGAAGUCAAAGUGGUGCCGACCCACCUCUCCGAACACGGUCCACAUCAUCACCUCGGAGCUGUACCGCUCCCUAGGGGACGUGCUGCGGGACGUGGAUGCCAAGUCCCUUUUGCGGUCGGACUUCGUGCUGGUCUACGGAGAUGUGGUCUCGAAUAUUGACAUCGGUCCGGCACUGCACGAGCACAGGUAUCGUCGAAAGAUGGAGAAGAACAUCUCGGUGAUGACGAUGGUCUUCAAGGAAUCCUCGCCGGGUCACAAGUCACGCUGCGAGGAAGAUGACGUCAUUGUUGCUAUGGACAGCAGGAGCCAGCGGAUUUUACACUACGAGAAGACCCACGGGCUGAAGAGGCUGCAGUUCCCCAUGAACAUCUUUCACAACGGAAGCGACGAGUUUGAAAUCAGACACGACCUCCUGGACUGUCACAUCAGUAUCUGCUCCCCGCAGGUUGCUGAGCUCUUCACCGACAACUUUGACUACCAGACUAGGAAUGACUUCGUCAGAGGGAUGUUGGUCAAUGAAGAGAUUCUGGGCAACCAGAUACACAUGCACGCCACCAAGGAUGGUUACGGCGUCCGAGUGUCCAACCUCCUCAUGUAUGACUCGGUGUCGUCGGACCUCGUGCGGCGGUGGGCCUACCCGCUCACCCCGGAGGCGAACUUCAUCGACCAGAAGGGACGAAGCUGCACGUAUUCGCGCCACAACGUCUACCGAGGGUCGGGAGUCAGCCUGGGCCACGGCAGCCAGAUGGAGGAGAACGUCCUCAUCGGCUCUGACACGAGCAUCGGCGCCAACUGUUACAUUUAUAACAGCGUCAUCGGUAACAACUGCACCAUAGGUGACAAUGUAACCCUUGACCAUGCCUACAUCUGGAGUAAUGUUCACAUUGCCAGCAACGUGGUGAUCAACCAGUCUGUGGUCUGCGACAAGGCAGAGAUCAAAGAAGGCGUGAAGCUGAACAAACAGUGUGUCCUGGCAUAUAACGUGGUUAUUGGACCAAACACCUCUCUACCCGAGGGCACUGUGGUGUCCAUGCACCAUCCGGACGAGGAGGAAGAGGAGGAUGAUGAUGAAUUCCUGAGUGACGAUGCCGCAGUUGGUCACAGCAAAGACAAAACCAAACUGAAAGCGUUUAAUCCAGCAGAGGUCGGAGCAGAGGGGAAAGGCUACAUCUGGAAGGCCGGCAGUCUGGAUGACACGGAGGACGAAGAGCUGUUGCAGGGCCUGUGGGGUUUGGUGUUGAAUCCUGACCCCGAGAGUGAAAGUGAGGACAGCGAGCCCGAUGACCCUGACGACCCGGUGAUCCCCUCCCCCGAGAUGGAUGAUGUCAAUGUCUUCCAGAUGGAGGUGCUCGGGACUCUGCAGAGAGGUUUGGAUGAAAACAUCAGCUGCGACAAUCUUGUGCUUGAGAUCAACUCUCUCAAGUACGCCUACAACAUCUGUCUGAAAGAGGUGAUGCAGAUUUUAACGCGAGUGGUGCUGGAGUACCCUUUCCAGCAGCAGGGUCCGCAGCUUACCCCGUCACAAUACGUUGCUCUGCUUCUGCCGUUACUGAAGAAGUGGGCGCCGGUGUUUAAGAACUACGUGAAGAGAGCACAGGACCAUCUGGACUGCCUGUCUGCCUUUGAGGAGCACUUCCUGGAGCAGGAGAGCCACUGGGCUGCCAUGGUCAAGGUCCUGAUGAACAUGUACCAGCUGGAGAUCCUGGAGGAGGAGACGAUACUACGCUGGUUCUCGCAGGGAGCCACCACCGACAAGAGCAGGCAGCUCCGCAAGAACCAGGGGCUACAGAAGUUCAUCCAGUGGCUGGAGGAGGCCGAGGAGUCUUCAGAGGAAGGGGAGUAAUGAGGAGCGCUUAAGAAAGGACAACUCUGAAAGUUAAACUAUCGUUUGGAUAAAAAGGACUCGACUAGUUGAUGUUAGCCUCCACAGCAGCUUUCUACCACUAAGAUCCAGCAGGAUGUUCUCUGUACAGUUCAAGCUGACAUACAUUUUAAUCAGUGCCGCGUCAGGUCCAAAUAAAGAAGAAAGACCCUCUGACUGAUUAGAGAUGCAUCAUCUGUCACAAACUCUCACACAAUGUUAUAAUAGUUAAUACAAUAGAACAGUUGCUUUAAGGUUUUAUUCAAUACAAACACAUCACUGAUGGUUAACAGUGUUUAGACUUCUUUUUGGUGACAUGUUGGACAAAGACUUGCAAGUCACAAUGAUUUAAGAGGUAGAAGAUUAUAUAUCUUCAGUAGAUGCAGUAAAGAAAAUCACCAAAAAUCUGAUUUUAAUUCCGUCUCAUCUGGACAUGAUGACUGGACAGAGAUUAAAUAGCCAUAGUUCCUUUUAAAGUUAAACAUCUUGCAAUCAAAGCAAAAUAUUGUGAAAAUAAAUGAUUGAUGACAUCACAUUAAACUUA